CCUCCCCGAAUAAGGCUGUGAAUAGAGGAGACACCUACCCUGGUGAAGUAGCUGCUACUGUUUUGGGAGUAAUGCAAAAAUUGAAUUGGAGUCAUGCAUACAGAUUAGUAUGGCAGUCUAAAGUUGGACCUGUAGCAUGGUUAAGCCCCAAAACUGAUGAUGCUAUCAAAGGCUAUGUGACAAAAGGCAAGACAAGCAUAUUGCUUGUUCCUAUAUCCUUUGUGAAUGAACAUAUAGAAACGUUGCAUGAAUUAGAUAUUGAAUAUGGUGAAGAAUUAGCUCAUAAGAUUGGUGUCAAACAUUUUAGAAGGGUCCCUGCUCCAAAUGAUCAUCCAUCUUUCAUAGAGUGCUUGGCUGAUAUUGUGAAAAACCAUUUGAAUUCUGAAGAAAUAUGUAGCCAGCAACUAUUACUUCGAUGUCCAUUAUGUGCACAAGCUACUUGUGAUCAAACAAAAAAGUGGUUAUCAGAUUUGAAGCAUAAAAUGAACAUCUAAGCUCACUGUAUCGAGGGUAUUUUUGGUGGCAGAAGGGUUAGAAAAUGAAAUUGUUUUCUAUUUUAUAUUACCACCCUUUCUGAAGAAGAUAGAGUGAGAGAUCUGUUAAUAACUGGUGUUUUAUAUAUAUGUGAUAUGUAUUUGCUUUUCCUUUUACAUAUGCAAUAAAUGAAAUAUUUUUAUAUUUUUCUAAAUGAAAA